AACUUUACACACCAAGAUCAGAAACAUCUAUUCCAAGCAAGCAAUAGUAACCAAAAAUCCAACAUGAAGACGUUCCUCACCUUUGUCCUCCUUGCCAUGGCGAUGAGCAUCGUCACUACCGCUAGGCAGCUAAACCCUAGCCACCAAGAGUUGCAAUCACCACAACAACCAUUUCUGAAACAACAAUCAUAUCUGCAACAACCAUAUCCACAACAACCAUAUCUACCGCAGCAACCAUUCCCCACACCCCAACAAUUUUUCCCCUAUCUACCACAGCAAACAUUUCCCCCAUCCCAACAACCAAACCCCCUACAACCACAACAACCAUUCCCCCUGCAACCCCAACCACCACAACAACCUUUUCCUCAGUCCCAACAACCAUUCAGCUGGCAACCACAACAACCAUUUUCCCAGCCCCAACAACCAGUUCCCCAACAACCACAACAACCGUUCUCCCAGCAACCACAACAAAUAAUUCCCCAACAACCACAACAACCAUUCCCCCAGCAACCCCAACAAAUACAUCAAACUUUUCCUCAGCCCCAACAACCAUUCCCAUGGCAACCACAACAACCAUUUCCCCGGCCCCAACAACCAAAUCCCCAGCAACCACAACAACCUUUCCCCCGGCAACCACAACAAAUAGUACCCCAGCAACCACAACAACCAUUCCCUCAGCAACCACAACAACCUUUUCCUCAGCCCCAACAACCAUUCUCUUGGCAACCACAACAACCAUUUCUCCAGCCCCUACAACUAUAGCCCCUGCAAGCACAACAACCAUUCCCCUUGCAACCUCAACUACCAUUUCCGCAACCCCAACAACCAAUUGGACAGCAACCAAAACAACCACUCCUGCAGCAACCACAACAAACAAUUCCCCAGCAACCACAACAACCAUUCCCCCUGCAGCCGCAACAACCAUUCCCCCAACAACCACAACAACCAC